AUGUCAAAGAGAGUCAAUAAUGCGGUACGGUAUAAGUAUCCUCUCCCUGUUCAUCCAAUAGAGUUACCACAAUUGAUUAUCCAUAAUCCUGUGUCUUGGGCAUAUUGGUCUUACUGUUAUCUGACUGGUUGCAAUGCUUUACAACGUAAGAUACAUGUCGACAUAAUAGGCGAGAAGAUUGUUCAUAUAGAAGUUAGGAAUCAGGAUGAUAUGAAAUAUUUAUGGGAAAACGGGUUCUUUGGAACAGGACAGUUAUCAAGAAGUGAACCAACGUGGUAUAAUCAUAUGAAAUCUAAAUUUCAAAAUGAAAACAAUGAAUCCAUAAAUAAAAAUAUCAGUCUUGAACAAGUUACAAAGCUUAGAAGACAACAAAGGAUAGAGUUUAAGAAACAACGUGAAGUGGUCGAAGCUAAGCUUUUGGAGUUAAGAAAAAAAGGCGAACUUACACCUGAAGAAGAAGCUCGAAUAUUAGAACAAGAAAGGGGAAAACUGAGGAAGUUUAAAGAUGAUCAAGUAGCAUUACAUCUAGUGAAAGAAGAUCCUACUGAGAAUGUGAGGGAGAAAGGACGGUUACUGAUUCAAGAGGCAGAAGUAAUCGGUGAGAAUGGAGAAAUUAUACAGAUGGAGACCCUAGAAUUGAUGCCUGUGGAGACUAUAUUCUUAAGUUUUGCCCUGGAUGUUUUAGAUAUCACUCCAUCAAAAUUUAUUAUAAAAUGUUGCAUGAAUGAUUCAUUUGAUUAUACAGAUGAAUUACACAAAUUAUUGAUACAAUACACAGCAUAUCAUCAUUAUAGAUCACACGGUUGGUGUGUAAGGUCAGGGAUUAAGUUUGGCAGUGACUACAUCUUAUACAAACGAGGCCCACCUUUUCAACAUGCUGAUUUUUGUAUUAUGGUUCUUAAUUCAAAUUGUUCGAAUCCAUAUACAUGGUACUCUACUAUUGCAAGAGUAUGUGGCGGUGCAAACAAAUCGUUGGUCCUUUGCUAUGUGGAACGUACUAAUUCAAAAGAACAAAUAAUUAAAUGGGUAAAAGAAGAUAAUCUAUCUAAAGUAUUCAACAGUUUCUCAGUAGGAGAAAUUAUUUUCAAGAGAUGGGUUCCUGGCAAGAAUCGUGAUUGA